AUGGUCUUCUAUAUUAUUGGCUUAGGUUUAGGUGACGAAAAGGACAUUUCCGUUAAAGGUUUGGAAAUAGUCAAAAAGUGUGAUGAAGUUUACUUAGAACAUUACACUUCUAUCCUUGGUGUUUAGAAGGAAAAGCUCGAAGAACUUUACGGUAGAUAAAUUAUUAUGGCUGAUAGAGAAAUGUGCGAAGAAGGUAUUGAUACCAUUUUAGAAAAUCUCUCAAAAACACCUGAAAAAAAUGUAGCUUUUUUGGUUGUUGGUGAUCCUUUCUGUGCCACCACUCACUCUGAUGUUUAAUUAAGAGCCAUUCAAUUAGGCAUUAAAGUAGAAAUUGUUCACAAUGCAUCCAUCAUCAACGCUAUUGGUUGCACAGGAAUGCAAGUUUACAGAUUUGGCGAAACCAUCUCUAUUCCUUUCUUCACCGAAAAGUGGAGACCUUACAGUUUCUAUGAAAAGAUUAAAAAGAACAGAGAAAUGGGAUUACAUACUCUCUGCUUGCUUGAUAUUAAGGUCAAAGAAAGAACUGACGAAAACAUUCUUAAGGGUAAAAAAAUAUACGAACCUCCCAGAUUUAUGAGUUGCAAAACAGCAGUAGAAUAACUCUUAGAAGCAGAAGAAAAAAUUGCAGGAAAAGCUUUCUCAAAAGAAACCAAGUGUGUUGGUGUUGCCAGAGUCGGUUUCUCAGACUAACUCAUUAGAUCAGGCCAAAUGUCUGAUUUCUUAAAUAUUGAAAUGGGUCCUCCUCUUCACUCCUUUGUAAUCUGUGCUGAUGAACUCCACCCUAUCGAAGAAGAUAUGUAUAAAUUCUACAACUAAAACUCUCAAAAGAAAGACGAAUGA